AUGUUAAGCUAUCAAGAAAGUAUGGGUACCGCUAAUCCAGUUGCCCUAGAUGGGAACUGCAAUCUGCAAGUCGCUCCAAGAGACCGGGAAUCAAGUAUGUCAUGUGACCUUAAAAGUAAGAAUACGACCUCGGGUUAUGGGCAACUAGGGACGUGCUGGUCGGAACAGUUGUCUACAGCCAGCACUUUUGUUGACCCACUUCAAGAUAUGGACUAUCUUCGAGGCAUGGAUAUGAUUAAGGAAUUUAUGGAUCUCAAACUUCCGCAAAAUCAGGUGCAAAACCCCUUCCAGGAACCUUCGCUACUUUCUAUUAGCGGCUACGAUAGUGGAAAUAGCAAAUAUUAUGAAUAUGAGUUUUGUGGUGGAAAGCCAGGAUUCGAAGAUUUUGGGGCAGAUGUCGACCUUAUGGCUACUGACGACGAAGAUCUGUACAAUAUGUCCUACCGUUUUGACUCGCCUAGUGACAAUGAAAGGAAAAAUUCCAUUUUCAGCAACCGCGGCAACGACAUUGAGAUGACGCUGUCCGGAGAAAACUCGAUGAGUUCAAAUGUUAGUGAAUACCCUGCAUUGGGUGAGGUGUUUCCUAUUCAGCACCGGAGAAAGAUGAAGGAGCGCUUAAAAUGGAACAUUUUCGGAACGACGGGCAAGUCCUACACUGCAGCUGUGCCAUCGGCUGCAGGCUAUCGGGAUUCGGUAAGCGAAGAACCUCAGCAGUUAUUUAAAAAGAAAUUCUUUUGGUCUCGUAAACCCACAGUUCCUAUUAUGCAAGCAAAACCACAACAUGUGAAUCCUCUAGAACAGGGAGAAGAAAAGGAAUCUGUCAAUCCCAAUGACCUGUUUACGGAAUUGACAUUUGAUUCGGGAUUUACGUUAGACGGAGAUACUUUGGCUGCAAAUGACUUCGACCGCAUGGUUGGUGGGAAGGAUAACGACGCGGAUGAUCUCACAAGUAGCUUGGGUGGAAGUCAGAAUGACUUUCUAAUUCAGCUACACUCGCAGCCUUUGCCGCCAGAGGACACAGGUACGGUUUCAAUUGCAACAGGUGUGUCUAAACCCGACUUACACGCAACAAGGAGAAAAAUGAGCAUACCGAAGAUACGCGGUCGUAAAGCAUCUCCUGCGCUCAAUGCUACAAAGCCUUUCGGCUGUGAGUAUUGUGAUCGUAGAUUCAAGAGGCAGGAACAUCUCAAAAGACAUGUGAGAUCUCUACAUAUGGGCGAAAAGCCUUAUGACUGUAAGAUAUGUGGUAAAAAAUUUAGCAGGAGCGACAAUCUCAAUCAGCAUAUCAAAACUCACCCUAAUAGUAUGUGA